AUGCGGUGCUGGUCCAUGGUGGGUGAUCGACAGACUGGACAAAACCUUUCCAUUGGGGAGCGGUGUGACCAUAAAGCUAUUGUAGAACACGAGCUCUUACAUGCAAUGGGAUUUUAUCAUGAACAGUCAAGGACAGACCGGGAUGAUUACGUGAACAUCUGGUGGGAUGAAAUUCUUCCAGGCCAAUCUCACAACUUUGUGAAGUACAAUGCCACAUUCAUCUCCGACCUGAACACCCCCUACGACUAUGAAUCCGUAAUGCAUUAUGAGCCGUUCUCAUUUAACAAAAACGAGAGUGCCCCAACAAUCACUGCGAAGAUACCAGCAUUUAAUGACGUUAUUGGGCAGCGCUUGGAUUUCAGCACCGUUGACUUAGAAAGACUCAAUCGCAUGUACAACUGCACUUCAACUCACACCCUUUUGGACCAGUGUGCUUUUGAGUUUGCCAAUAUCUGUGGCAUGGUUCAGGGCACCGGAGAUGACGCAGACUGGGUCCAUAAGAAGAGCAGCCUCGCAGGACAAGAAGACCACACGCUCCUCGGACGCUGCAAAGAUGCUGGUUCUUUCAUGUACUUCAACACUAGCUCUGGCCAGGCAGACGAUAUGGCUCUCCUAGAAUCCCGGAUCCUUUACCCAAAGAGAACUCAGCAGUGUCUCCAGUUCUUCUAUAAGAUCUCCGGAAGCCCCUCGGACAAGCUUGUCAUCUGGGUUAGAAAGGACAAUGGCACCGGGACUGUUAACACACUGGUUAAAGUCAAAACCUUUCAAGGAGAUAGCGACCACAAUUGGAAAAUUGCCCAUGUGACCCUCAAUGUUCAAGAGAAGUUCAGAUACAUCUUCCAAGGACUCAGGGGCAAUCACAGCAGCUCAUCUAGUGGAAUUUUUAUUGAUGAUGUCACCCUAACUGAGACACCGUGCCCCAGUGCUGUAUGGCUCAUUCGGAACUUCACCCACAUUCUCCAGACUUCUGUUUCAGGCUCUGUGAUGCGUAGUCCCCGGUUUUAUAACCCUGAGGGCUAUGGUUAUGGUAUAACUUUGUAUCCUCGUGGCACAUCUAAUUCCUACUUUUCAGAUUAUGCCCGCAUUUCUUUUCACUUGUGCAGUGGAGAGAAUGAUGAUGUUCUGCAAUGGCCUGCUGAGAACAGACGAGCUAUUAUAACGGUGCUAGACCAGCACCCUGACAUCAGGAACAGGAUGUCCUCGAGCAGGAGCUUCACAACAGACAAGAGCCAAGUUUUGCCGGAUAAAAAUGAUACUUCAAUGUGGGAUAAACCAUCUGUUGUUGGAACAUUCGACCCUUCAUGCAACUGUAAUAGAAGCUUAGACUGGGGGUGGAGUAAUUUCAUCUCUCACAAACAGCUGAGACAGAGGAAUUUCCUGAAAAACGAUGACCUCAUUAUUUUUGCAGAAUUUAAAGAUCUAACCUAUCUCAAAAAGACUGAAGUCCCUAUUAAACCGGCCCAAUCCAUCACCAAAGGCCUCAUUCUUGAAAGGCAGAGGAGAUCAGCCCUGAACACUGGCCCCCUUGAAGACUGGCCAUCCUACGUGAGAGACCCGUGUGACCCAAAUCCUUGCCAAAAUGAUGGAGUCUGUGUGAAUGUGAAAGGGAAAGCAAGCUGCAGGUGUCCUUCAGGCAACACCUUCUUCUAUACAGGUGAGAGAUGCCAGGCGGCACUGGUCCAUGGGAAUCUCCUUGGAAUGAUGGUUGGUGGAGCUGCCGGAACAAUAGUAUCAAUUAUCAUAAUUGUUUCCAUGCUAACUAGAAGAUAAAUGCUUCAGCAUGAUGAUUUUCCUGGA